AUGGUCAAGCCUCGUUGGACAGCUGAUGUGAGGAAUAUCGAAACAUGUAAAUGGAAUAAGUGGUCUAUAGUAGUCAACGUUAUACUUGUCAACAUUCGUCUGAAGUUAACCGUAAUCCGUGGGCAGAAAACAAACAAAAUUGAACUAGGAAAAAAGAAGAAGAAGGAAAGCGUGGAAAGAAAAAGCAAAUCAAGAGGCUUCAUCUUUUGCUUACUGUCAAGGAGUCAGCUAUGGAUGUUCCAUCCAACUUGGAAUCUCGAAGGCGUCUUACAGUACUUUCUUUUCAAAUUCACUAUUAAUGGGACAUGCCUGCUGCACCCAAGAUUCGCAACAUGCUUUCCUUCUCGGUCCUUACACCAUACUUCCGUUGAUUGA